AUGGCAGACGCCACGCAGACCACCGUAUCGAGCGAAGACCUUGAUAAGUUUAGAGAGGAUAUGAUCGCUCGUGUUGAAGCAUUAUUUGCCGAGCAUUUUACACGCGAUGACGCGAUGCGGCGAGGACCCUCCGCGGCCGAGCAGUUAGCAUUAUUAUCGGGUGCUCUGCGCACUCCGCAGAAACCAGAGAUCAGAAUUCGCUCGUUUUGGAGAAGCGCGCAGCGUAUUUGGUUUGAUACUCUAGAGGAGCACUUUGUUGCUAAGAACAUUGUUGAUGACGCGGAUAAAUACAGGUGCGCGAUUAGUAAUUUGGACGAGGACUUGAUCGCGACUGCGUCCGCUGCUAUCGAUUCAGCGUCGGCCGGCGACAGGUACGAAAAGUUAAAAGACGCGUUAGUGCGUAAAUUCACUGUCAGCGAUUCAGAAAAUCUUAAGAGUAUUUUAGGUAACGUUAAUAUGGGUACGCGUUCGCCGUCGGAAUUUUUAGAACAUUUAAUUUCAAGCGCGGGUAGUAUUUUAGGUAGAGAUACGAUUUUACGUAUCUGGCGCGAGACGAUCCCGGCGAAUAUUGGCGUUCAUUUAGACGAUGUCAUAAAUCAAAAAAACGAAUUGAGCAACGUAAGAAAAGCUGAUCGAAUUUACGCAUCGUUUAGGCGCGACGCGGACAGUAGAGCCUCGUACGGCAUCGAUAGUAUUGUUCAAAAUCAUGCGCGACGCGACUAUGAUGCGCGUAUUUUUAAUUUGGAGCAGAAGCUCGAUCAAGUAUUAGACACUUUAGCAUCAUAUCGUAAUAGUCGAAAUCGAGACAGGCGUGAUCCCGGCAAGAAUAGAAACAGUUCACAAAAGCGCGACAAAGGCGGUCCGAGCGACGGUAGUUCGAAUUCUACUAGUUCUUCGUCUCCAUAA